GAAUUUGUUUGAUUCUGCAUGCACUUGUUCCUUGAGGAAGAAGGAGAGUUAAAAAAAAAAAAAGGAAGGGAAGCUUUGCAUUAAUUUAUUCCCAUUUCCUUUUAUGUGUAGACAAUGCUAUGGUUGUUUUCUCAAUUUGUCGGUGUUGAAUUGCAGAUUAAGCAAGAAGAAGAUCUAUCACUUGGAAAAAUUUCACCGAGUGAUCCAUCUCCUGAUGCUGCCCACCUAGAGAUUGAGCUUCAAGAGUUGGAAGGUGGUUCAGUUGAUUAUCCCGAGAAUUUGGAUCUCUAUGUGCAGAAUGACCGUCCUGUUCAUAACUCCUCUGCAAGUUUAGAACCUUGGCUUCAAUUGAGUCAAGGGAGUUCAUAUAACAUUCCUGCAUCCAGUUUUGCUGGAGGAGAUUGCAUGCCUUUUAUAGAUCAUCCAGAUGAAUCAAACUUUGAUCUUCAGUUAGCACAUGGGGCAGAGAAACUUCAAUCCAGAGAUGGUUUGGAUGCUGUUUGUAUGAAGGAUGCAGAUGUAAAUCUUGGCUCUUACGUUGAUCUUGGUUUGAAUACCCCAGAAAUUCCUGAGUGUACUGAUUCAACUGUUUGUCAUGGUACUGAGAUUACUGAUGGCUUUGACUACCCUUACUUCAUGCCAGAUGUUACAAAUUCAGAUGGUGCUAAUUUUUCUUAUACCUUUUUGAAUUCUGUUCCUAGUAAUCUUGAUUUUGUCACUAGUAAUGAACAAAAUAUGAGGGGUGAAAUGGUGGAAAAUCUGAGUGAGAGUGCUUGCUCAAGCAGUUUAAUAAUGUUAAAUGCAUAUGGUGGAGGCAAUUGUGGGUCUUUAAUGGAGGCAUCCAUGUUUGAUAUGUGUGAUGUAAAGGGACAGAAUUUGGAAUGUGAAGGUAGCAAUCAUGUCUCACCAGUUUCUGGAAAUUUUUCUCUCAAUUCUGAUAAUUUACUUGUUGACAACAAACGAUUGGUGCGGCCAUUCCAUCAUACCCACUCUUGCAUUUCAAGCAAGAAGCAAGUGGAUGAGGUUGGCAGUGGAAAUUCUACUAAUGGCACUGGUGAUAUAUGUUCUGUCUAUCGAGAUCUAGAUCUGUCAUUAUCCAGCAUUUCACCUUGUAUGCCAAGUCAAAAUUUUGUGGUUAAUGGGAAGGAUGAGAAUUAUAGUAGUCUUUCUUACCAUGGUGGUGAACUUUUGAAUUCAAAUUCCUUGGAGAGAGGUUUCCCUGGUACUUCAAGUGAGAUGUUGCUGUUAGGAUUAGGCUGCAUUAAGGACAAAAGGGAGGGUAAAUUGAUGAAUCAGAUGAGCAUGGGUCUUUCAAAAGUUAGUCCAGAAUCAAUCCAUAGCAAUUCAUCAGAUUGCAGAUCCCAUCUAGAUGAUGACCCUGAUGUUAUAUGUAUUCCGGAUGACAACAGUCAACCUGCAUUUUCAAAUCAACCUACGUUGCUUUCAAAGGUCACUACUUUGCACCAUUCUAAAUAUGGUGAUCCUCUUCCUUACCCAGGAAGUUCCGGGCCAAAUGCAAUUGACAAACACAUUAUUAGAUUUGCAAUGGAGGAUCUUUCUCUAUCUCAAUCCAAGUCAGAAGCUAGUCCACCAGAUGGUGUUCUGGCGGUAUCUCUCUUGAAGCAUCAGCGAAUUGCUUUGUCAUGGAUGAUCCAGAAGGAGACAUCUAACGAGCACUGUUCAGGAGGAAUUCUUGCUGAUGAUCAGGGAUUGGGAAAGACGGUAUCAACCAUUGCACUUAUUCUUAAGGAAAGGCCUCCACCUUUCAAAGCAUGUCCAGAGGUCAAGAAGGUUGAGCUGGAAACUGUUAAUUUGGAUGAUGAUGAUGAAGAUGAUGAAGAUGAUGAUGGGGCUACAGGGCCUGAAGGAAUGAAGCAAGAAUCUGAUGACUGCAAAGUGAAAUUGAACAGAUGCUCAAGGGGAAGCUCAUUACCUUCAGAGCAAGCAAAGGGAAGGCCUGCUUGUGGAACUCUUGUUGUCUGUCCCACAAGUGUGCUGCGUCAAUGGGCUGAGGAGUUGCAAAAUAAGGUAACUAGUGAAGCUAAUCUCUCUGUCCUAGUGUAUCAUGGGGGCAAUCGCACGAAGGAUCCUUCUCAGUUGGCCAAGUAUGAUGUUGUCCUUACAACAUAUUCAAUUGUCAGCAUGGAGGUCCCAAAGCAGCCUUCUGUUGAUGAAGAUGAUGAUGAGGAAUGCUACUCAGAUGGUGAUGGUUUUCCAGCUUCAGUUUUUAAAUCAAGCAAGAAAAGAAAGUACAAACCCACCUCUGAUAAAAAAGGAGUGAAGCAUCAGAAACGAGGGGAUGGUGUGCGAGAGUCUGUUCCUAGACCUCUUGCAAAAGUUGGAUGGUUUAGGGUUAUUCUGGAUGAGGCACAGAGCAUUAAGAAUCACAGGACUCAAGUUGCUAGAGCCUGUUGGGGUCUUCGUGCUAAACGUAGAUGGUGUUUGUCAGGGACUCCUAUUCAGAAUGCGGUUGAUGACCUCUAUAGCUACUUCAGAUUUCUCAGAUAUGAACCUUUUUCUGCUUAUAAAUCAUUCUGCUCUAAAAUAAAGAUUCCAAUUACUAAGAAUCCUAGAAAAGGGUAUAUUGAGCUACGAGCUGUCUUGAAGACAAUAAUGCUGCGUCGAACCAAAGGAACUUUUCUUGAUGGGAAACCAAUUAUCAAUUUGCCUCCCAAAGUGGUAGAACUGAAAAAAGUGGAUUUUACAAAGGAAGAACGAGAUUUUUACUCUAGAUUAGAGGCUGAUUCUCGUGCUCAGUUUAAAGAGUACGCCACUGCUGGAACAGUCAAACAAAAUUAUGUCAAUAUUUUGCUUAUGCUUUUGCGCCUUCGUCAAGCCUGUGAUAACCCUCUUCUUGUCAAGGGUUUUGAUUCAAACUCUUUAUGGAGAUCCUCAGCUGAAACAGCAAAGAAGCUUUCCCGUGAGGAGCGAACAACUCUUCUGAAUUGUUUAGAAGCUUCUUUGGCGCUCUGUGGCAUCUGCAAUGAUCCACCAGAAGAUGCUGUUGUUGCAGUCUGUGGUCAUGUUUUCUGCAAUCAAUGCAUCUCUGAGCAUAUUACUGGUGAUGACAACCCGUGCCCAACUGUCAACUGCAAAGUUCGAGUCAACAUGUCUACUGUGUUUUCAAAAGUCACGUUAAACAGUUCUCUGUCUGAGCAGUCUGGGGAGAAUAGUUCUGGCUCUGAAGUUGUUGAGUCCGUUGAUCCUUAUUUUAAUGGUCAGUUGUAUCAGUCUUCCAAAAUUAAGGCAGCCCUUGAGGUCCUGCAGUCACUGACUAAACCUCAAGAUUAUACAUCGAAAGUUACUGGCUGUUCUGAGGACCAAUAUCAUCUUCAGGCCGGGGAUCCACAGCAGGGUUCUCCUGAUAAAAAAAAUGUGGUUAUUGAUAAAAGUUUGGACAAUCCUAAGAUACCUGGAGAGAAAGCCAUAGUGUUUUCUCAGUGGACAAGGAUGUUGGAUUUGUUUGAGGAUUGUCUCAAAAAUUCUUCUAUUCAAUAUAGAAGACUUGAUGGAACAAUGUCAGUUGCUGCCAGAGACAAAGCCGUGAAGGAUUUUAACACCCUCCCAGAGGUGACUGUCAUGAUUAUGUCUCUAAAAGCGGCUAGUCUUGGGUUGAACAUGGUUGCAGCUUGCCAUGUUCUUUUAUUGGAUCUUUGGUGGAACCCUACAACUGAAGAUCAGGCAAUUGAUAGAGCACAUCGUAUUGGGCAGACUCGUCCUGUUUCUGUUUUACGGUUAACUGUGAAAGAUACAGUUGAGGAUCGUAUUUUAGCUCUCCAGGAAAAGAAGAGAGAGAUGGUUGCUUCUGCAUUUGGAGAGGAUGAAACAGGUGGUCGUCAGACUCGUCUCACUGUGGAAGACUUGGAGUACUUGUUCUCAAGCCCUGCAGUUGUUGGCAUCUAGAAUGGGUAUGGGAAACAAUGCAACCCCAAUUUUUUUCCCCUUCAGAUUCAUUCUUUUUCUUGUUCCACAUGCCCAGGCAAGUAAGGUUCAAGCAACAGCAUUCUACUAACCCAAGAUACCAUGUGUAGCUUCAUUCCAUCUUGCAUUACUGCAGUUAAGUGACCAAGGAAACAGGGCUUUUUUGGAUUUUGACAUCACGCUAAUAGUCACGAAAGAAUUUGCACCAUCACUUUUACGCACAAAAAUAUCUAUAAAUUUUGUUCAUCUCACAAUUGAUAUUGUAUAGGAUUCAGAGAUAGGUAGCUUAUAGCAAGUAAUCAGCUUAGAUGGAAAUUCUUUUGAUCAAGUUGUAAAUGAUAGAUUUGGUCCUGCAAAAUUUUUCACCUUCUAUUACUUGUUUGACAGAGAUUCUCGUUGUAGCUUGGUAGUUUGAUAUUUUGAUCGCAUUGCUUGCAUUUGAGAUUUACUUGAAUGUCUUUUAUUAUUGUUAGUGUGUGUGUGUGUGUGUUUGUGUAUUUUGUAACAUCCAUCAGUUCCAUGGUUUGACCUGAAGACUAAGCGGAUCUUGGAGGAAAAUU